AUGGGCGCGAAAGCGCCCGCCUUCUCGGUGCCCUGGAAAGGGUACUCGGCCACCUUCUCUUCCACGCGUAGGAAGCCGGCCGGUAUUAGGCAAUGGAAUAAGGAGAAGGAGAAGAACAACGGAGGGGAACAGGAGAAGGAUACGAAAGAGGAGGUGGAGGCGGAGGCGGAGGAAGAGGAAGAGGAACGCAGGUUAGCUGUCGGUUCCACCACCCCAGCACCUUCUGAGGAAGACCUGUUCGCUCAACCGACAAGCAAAACUCCGGUUGUUCCCGCACGCUACUCGGACGAUACACAGAGACGUGGGCCGGCAUUCCAAGAAGAUAAUGCUUCGCCCCGUGCUCUAAAUGCGGGAAGUCUGGUCCGUGGAAAAAGUUUCUUGCCGGACCCUCAGCAACAGGUCUCGGUGGCCCCAAGAGACGAAGGGCGAGAGCAGCAGCAGCUGCAGCAGGAGGAUGGGGAGGGGGAGGAGGUGCAACACAUAAGGAUCGGAUACACUGUUGCGGGAGCGUACUUCGAAAGGACUGCGACCCCGCCCUCAUACCGUCUCACCCUGCCGCCCCUAUAUCACUUGCUGGAGGUGGCGCACCGGCAGCAGCGGCAGGAGCUUGAAGAGGCGUUUGCGGUGAAGAUGGCUUUGAUGGAGCAUGAACAGGAAGGCCUCAAGAAUCAGGAUCAACAAUCGAAGCAGAUCGGGUACGGAGAGGCAUCAAACGGCGUUGCCGUAUCUCCAGAGAACGUCGGAAACGGCGGUGACAAGCGCCGUCCAAACAACGAAAACAGUGGAAAUAGUGUGGUCGACCGUGACCUUAGCAGCAGUACCAAGACCAUGAGGGAUAUCACCAAGGGCGACAGCGAUGUCAAUGACAACAGCGAAGAGGUUUGUAAUAGCGACAACAGCGCCACCAAAGUUACCCACGUCCAUGACGAAACCAGCGGUGGCAUUGGCAGCCACAGCAGGGUCAAGGUCAAACUUUCUCACAUGCACAACAAAACCAGCAACAAAACCGUCAGUGGCAUCGGCAUCGGCAGCACCAGCAGAACCAGCAGCACCAGCAGCAUCAAGACCCACCCGGGAUCAAUCGCCGCCGCGACAGCCCGCAUCAAGGCCGAGCGGGAGGAAAUCCGCGCAUUGCUCAAGGGACUGGUCGAGUCCGGGGACAACCUCUCUCGCGUGAGGAAAGAGAUCGUCGGCAAGACAACACGUCUCGCCUGGCCCCAGGAGUCGAGAGCGAUCACCAAAGGUACAGGUUAUCCUGGCCAUCGGGAAAUCCCGGAAAUGGGUGUUAUGACCAGCCUGGAAACUGUUGACGGCCCGGCGAAGGAGGCGGGUGCGGAAAAUGAAGAGAUGAGUGCAUUGUCCAACGCUGAGCGAGAGCUCGCCGUUGAAACGGAAUCUGGAAACGUGCCUAAGCGGGAGGGACGUCGGAGUAGUGACCGUCGUGAUGUUGGUGGGGCUGACGGUCUUCGUGAUGGUGACGGCGGCGGUAACGAAGAGGGUUUUGCAGUACGGGUGGUACAGAUGUUGAGGGAGAGAGCCACGGCAGCGUCCCUGGCGGCCGAGGUGGCCAGAAAGGAAGGGGACAGGGCCAGGGUCGAGCUCGAAGCCCUCAAGGAGAGGGUGGCGUCGGUCGAGGAGCUCUUGAGCAAGUCGAAGGCGGCCGAGGUAGACUCUGCAUCGAGGGUUUCGGAGGCGGAGCAGACUUGUGCCCGUCUCAGAAUGCAGCUACUAGCGCGCGAGCGACAGAUCGCCGAGCUGCGAGAAAUAUCUCAGGGAAAUCUCGACCGCGCCAAGCACCGCCGGAAGCAAUGUAGCUGGUGAUUUAGCCCUGCAAGAUUACGGAUAGCGUGAGAAAACUAUGGUUUAUACCCGGAAGAAGAAGGCUAGUGGAAUGGCUAGAAGGUUCUGGUUACACUAACGCCAUGUACAACGCGGGUUGUGAGUCUGGUCUUCGCCGGAGCCCCCUUUCCGCGCAACACCAGGUGAAAACGGUCAAGUCAAGUACCCCUCGUUUGUAAGCCGACGUGAAUAUUUUGCAGGCUUAAGGGCACGGCGGUUAUGGCUUGGCGGUGGGUGGGUCACACAAGUGAAUGUAGCGGUGGUUCCCCAAAACCUGAAGGAAAACGGGAGUAGAUCAUAUAUAAGGCUGACCGUGCGAUUGACAGCCAUGAGUGCCGGAUCGUGGAGUGAGUUAUUUCGACCAGAUCUUGGAGGGUCCUGAACGUAAAGAACACGAGUGCCAUUUCUCGCGGCCCAGGGAAUGGCGUGGAUUAGGUGCACACCAUGGGUUGGUUGCGGCUGGGUGGGUGCGGGCGGUAGAGAAAGGCGAGGUCUAACGACGGGCGGACGUCUUCGUCCAAGUGAGCAACGAGCGAGCAACGACUCGUCGGGAGAAGGGCUCAUUGGUGACUUAGACUUUGGAGAUUUCGCGAAAAAUUUGUCGUUUGCAUCUACCCGUUACCACAUUCACUUUUAUGUAAGAAGGGGCCAGAAGGGGUCAGUUUUUUGUCGCCACUAAUGAGCCUUCAACCCGAGGAAGAUUUUUGCACGAAGGGCAGCUGGCGUCUGUGACAUAGUGUCGCCAUGUCUUCACAUUUCGAAGAAUUCACUUUCACUUUUGAAGAGCACCGUUCCUGGGACAAUCAGUCCCCGUGUUUCUCUACUUGUUAGCGAUGUGAUGUCACGAU